AAGGGAAAUCUUAGGCAGACAGAAUCAAAUGACAUUCAUCUGUCUACUGUUUGACAAAAAUUUUUCUGAGGCGCAAACGAUGUUCUUAAAAGAAAGACGACAACGAGAGGUGGCUUUUUUUACAAGGACUAUGAACUACAGUUGAGACGAACACGAGAGAGACCUAAUGCGGCUUUCCAUAUCGUGGAGAGGUUUUUUUGUUCUUUCUUCUGUGGUGGAGAGGCGACGAGGAUAGUUCUUUCUAAGAGGAUAGUUUUUUCUGUCUGCUUUCUACUUGUGUAUGCCUAGGUGCGGCAGCUUGAACGAGUGGCAGCGUGAUGAAUGAGUGCUUUGCUUGAACGGCCACUUUUGUCGACGCUGGAUCUGUUUCGUCUUGCCAGUAGCUUAGGAUGGCUACUUGAGAUGCCAUGAUGAUGAGUGCUUUGUUUCUGUUUUCUAAAAGUGGUCGUCCGUUUGUCUUCUUCAACCUCCGUUUCUAGCUCUAGUGAUGCUCAAAGUACCCCGUUUCAACCUACCCUUAAGCCCACAAAAUCAGCCUUGGGUAAAGCAGAGGAGCAUUUCCCAGGCCCGGAGGUAGUUUCCGGGUUUUCGUUUUUGGUCAUAGAUCUUUUGCAUCUUCUUCUUCACAUAAGAAAGAUGAGAAUUCAAAUGUUUUUGUCGAGAUAGUAGUAGAGAGACGACGUUCUGAGACGUUCAUCUAAUUUUAUCCGGCAUUUUGGUAGCUAUAAAACGUACUCGUCUACUACGUAUCUUAGGCAAGCUGCCGAAUAGAUUCGAGUCAUCAAGUGUGCGCUUAUCUUGAUCGUAGAAGUUGUACUACUUCUACUGUAGUUGCAAUACAAUACAAUUAUAAUCUCGCACAGAUUUCAGUGCAGACUGCCGCGCGGCAGAAUCAUAAUCAUAAUCAUAUUUUUAGAAUAAACAAGGGCCGUCCUAGCAAAAUGUCGUCUGUUGCAGGCAGUUUGUGUGAGAUCUGCGAUGCCAUCGCUGGGAAGUUUGGCUUGAAUCCUGAUGAGGUACUUCGCGUCGCUGCUGGACAGAUAGGGCAAGUUGGGGUAUUAAAUGGACAGAUAGGUGCUGGAGGACAAGUUGGGGGACGAUUAAAUUCGUUAGUUCCCAGUAGCAAAGUCCUCAGAAAAGAGAUCUCAGAAGCAUCGUCUCAAGUCGAGGACGAUGAUGAAGAUAGGACUGGGAGGCCUUUGAAUUUGAUGAACAAGGACGACGCAGGAAAUUCGAGCUCAUACCCUGAACUUUAAGGAGGCCACAAAUAAAAAGUAGAUGCCAGGUUUGAUGUAGAAGUUCUAUGUAUUCUUUUUUGAUUGAUAGAAGUCCUCGCUGUCGUGCUCAUAUUUUGAAUCCUCUAUAUGAUUGUUUUUAAAUGUUUUUAACUGUUCUUCAUAGCUUGCUUCAAGAAGUCACUAGCAUCUCCUUUAUAUAUUCCCAAAUUCGUUAACAAACUGUUCCUCUUCAUCGUCCUCGUACGACCCACUUCUAUACUUUCAUCUACAUUGAUGCGACUAGCACUAAAACUAAUGUUUGUUCCUUUCAUCUAUUAAGGUCUUCUCUUCAUCUAAUAAGAGUGUUCCGUGACCGAUGUAGUCGAGCUGCCUCGUGGCAAGAACUUGCAAGAUAUGACCCUUGAGGACCUGCAGAAGACGAUUCAAGCCCAAAAGAAGAGAUCCGUCACCGAGGAGGAUACCAAAGCAAUUCCGUUCCUGUUGAGGUUUUGCCUCGGUGAGUUCCAAUAUGGUCAAGGGACCGUAGCUGGAAGCGUGCAGUCGAAUCAGAACAGUCUCACCUCGAACCACAGACAGAAGUUACGUCGAGUAUUAUAUAUAAUGUCAAGGUGAGACUGCCUUUGAAGGUGAGACCUAUGGGGCUGACAGGACGACGAUAGCGCCGGCGCUUAGUUAGUUUUAGCAGUUAGCAGGAUGCCUUAGGAUACUUGUUGAUAGUGACCCUUUUCUCUUUUAUAUCUUCCGCUGGUCUGUCUUUUUUCUAGUUAGGUCGGCUCCACCACAAAUAUAUAAUGUCAAGAAUCCAUAUCCAUCUUUAGAUCAUGUACUUAGCUGCACACCCAACAUCUUUAGUAGAUCAUGUUGCUGCAUCUGUAAGUAAUAUUUUGCCUGUAGCAUCUUUUUUGAAAUGUUGUAUAGCUCUAACCAAGAAGCCAAUACUGAGUGGCACAACGUUUGGAGAUAAUUUGAGCGCUUCGAGUGGCACUCCUCCUGCUACUUUUACCCCACAACAACGCGCUGCUGCCGGUCUUACCACGGUUUUGGGUGUCGGAAGCAUCAGCAACAAACUAUCGAUUUAUGGCAUUGGUAGAAAAUUAGAAUUGCAAUAG